CAUAAUUCGAAGCAAAGAGAAGAAAAUAGAACCAUAUGGACUAAUCCGAGAGAGAGAGAGAGAAAACUCAGAUGGGUGUGCCGUCGUUCUAUCGGUGGUUGAUAAACAAGUACCCAAAAGUUGUGGUUAAAGCUACUGAAGAUGAAGGAGAGUGCAUCAACACCUCCUUGCCAAACCCUAAUGGCAUAGAGUUUGAUAAUCUCUACCUCGAUUUGAAUGGGAUUAUCCACCCCUGCUUCCACCCCGAUGAUCAUCCUCGCCGUCCAAAAACGUUCGAAGAUGUAUUCAAUAAUAUCUUUGAAUACGUUGGCAACCUUUUCUGUAUCGUAAGGCCACGGAAGUUACUUUAUAUGGCGAUGGAUGGAGUUGCUCCAUGGGCCAAAAUGAAUCAAGUACGAGCUGGACGUUUUGGGACUGCUAAGUCCAUGGAAAAUUCUGAAGCUAAGGAAGCCAAUUUUGAGAGGCUAAUACGACAGUACUUUGAAAUGGAAGAAAAACUGGUUUUUCUUCAUAAACGCGAAUCUGAAGUUUCAGAUCCCAAUAUGAUCACUCCAGGCACAGAAUUUAUGUACAAAUUGUCAAAGGCCCUCAGAAGCUAUGUUAUUUCAUGUAUAAACAAUGAUCCAGGCUGGAGGGACAUCAAGGUUAUUAUUUCCGAUGCCAAUGUUCCUGGUGAGGGCGAACAUAAGAUAAUGUCUUUUAUUCGCCAACAACGAAACUGUAGUACUGGAUAUAAUCCAAAUACGAGGCACUGCGUCUAUGGUCUGGACGCUGAUCUGAUAAUGCUUGCUUUAGCAACACAUGAAGUUCAUUUUUCCAUUUUGAGAGAGGAGCCUCCACAAAUCGAUGAAAGUUCAGUGCAGCAAAGGCAAAGGGCAUGGUUUAAAAAGCCUUAUGAGUUUGUACAUGUAUGGAUUCUGCGGGAAUAUUUGGAGCUUGACAUGAAAAUCUCUGAACCUCCACUCAAUCUGAAGAUAGAUCUUGAGCGGAUAGUUGAUGACUUCAUUUUCUUGUGCUUUUUUGUGGGCAAUGAUUUCCUACCCCGCAUGCCUUCAUUAGAAGUUCAUGAGGGUGCUAUUGUUCUAUUGAUGACUGUUUACAAGGAGGAGUUCAAGAACCUUGGUGGCUAUCUAGUCGACAUGAGCAGGCUUUCUGAAGAUAAAAGAAAAGGACGUAUAAACCUAUCCAGAGUCGAGAAGUUCAUUCUUUUGGUUGGCUCAAAUGAAGAGAAAAUUUUCAAGAAAAGAACAGAAAUUCGCGAGCAUAAACUUAGACAACUUUGCAAUUAUUCAGAUAAACAAGAUGAAAAUGAAGGUCAUGCAUUAUCCGGUGAGAAAGCUCCUACUUCCAAAGAUUCAGCAGAAAGUAGUACAGUAUCAAGUGGGAAUAAGAGUGUCGAUUUUUCUGAAAUUGAUAAAGAUAGAAAAGAGUUGAUAGAAAAGUCCAAUUAUAAUCUUCGCGAGAACUCUAGCCACAGUGACCUAUUUAAGAGUGGUCAUUGGGUAGACAAAGUGAGAUUGGGGACUGCUGGCUGGAAAGAAAGAUACUACAAAGAGAAAUUUUCUGCAAAAACCUGGAGGGAUAUUGAAAGCCUAAGAAAAGAAAUUGUAAAGAAGUACAGUGAAGGACUAUUGUGGGUUCUUCUGUAUUAUUUUUCAGGAGUCCCAUCAUGGUCAUGGUUUUACCCAUACCACUAUUCACCAUUUGCGUCAGAUUUGAAGGGCCUUGCUCAGGUCAGAGUAGAGUUCCAAAAGGGUUCCCCAUUAAAACCAUUUGAUUACCUAUUGGCUGUACUACCCCUAAAGAGUGCUCAUGUGCUUCCCAAAGUUUAUCAGGCUCUGAUGACAGAUGCGGAGUUCAAACUUAUUGAUUUUUAUCCUACUGAUUAUGAUAUCGAUCUGGACGGAAAACGUUUUCGGUGGCAGGGUAUCUCCAAGCUCCCAUUUGUAGAGGAAGAACGCCUUCUAUCUGAAACCAAAGAAUUAGAGAGUGGUCUACUGGAGGAUGAAGCAUUGAGGAACAGAAACAAUGUUGAUCAGUUAUAUGUGAGUAACACACACAAGUUGGCAUCGCAAAUUUUGUCACUUUCCCCAAAUGAAAAUGAAGUGGUUGAGAUCGAUACCAGUAUGAGUGAUGGUAUUUCCGGUCAUAUUCAUCUUCCUAACGAGGAUACUGAAAUAGUUCACAGGGAAGUCCAUAACAGCAUUGAAGAGAACUAUGUCUUAUGUGUGUCUUUUGAGAUGCGUGAUGAUGUACAUAUUCCCAGCUUGGUUGAUGGUGUUACCCUUCCAAUUAAGAGUAUUACCGAAGAGGAUAUUAAGGAAACAAAACUCUGGCAUGAAUACUAUGGUAGCAAACCCUCCAACAGAUUGCAGUACGAAAGAUGUAGAAAAGCAUAUAGUAGCACGGAUUCUGCUUCAAGCAUCUCCCCUAAGAUGAUACAUGAAGGCUAUCAGAGUAGAUUUACUACAGAUUCAUCUUCUGAGGUGAUAUAUAAAGGUGCUGGUGUUGGGUGGGGUGCUGGUAGAGGAAAAGUGAAUGAUACUUCCAAUAUAAACAAACAUAUUGAGAGUAGAGAAAGAGUCAUAUUACCUAGCUCUUCUUUUUCCGAACAGAAGAGUUCAUUGUCAAGUUGGGAUGCUAGAAAGUGUUACAGCAGUCUUGUUACAUCAAGUUGUGACCUAAAUGAACAGGUCAAGCCUCAUGGAGGAGCUCAGUCGAUGAACAACAAUAUUUGGCCGUCUAGAAAUGGUGAAACAUCUGGCACAAACAAUGUGCUGCAGCAGAGACUAAAUUUCAGGGAUCCUAGUCAUCAAGGGAGGGGACAGGACGGUGCAACAGUUUCUCCGACUUCCUCUUUGAAACACAGUUCUGCUACCAGCUCUGUGCAGGGCUGUGGCAGAAGCCAACAUUCUUCUGUAGAGGAAAGGGGCAGCCACUGAAUGUACAUUUUUCUGACAUUCUUCCAACGAUGCGGGGGUCAUUACAUGUGCUAAUCAAGUGCUUUGAAACAUAUACCUUUUCUGAUUUCAAGUUUCUUUGACUGAGACUCAUGUGCUAUGACAUGUCUUAAGUUGCUACAUUUGUAACUGAUCUCAUUUCUGGAAAGGCCCUUCAUGCAUGUAAAAUGAUUGGUGACGUGAUCGUCGGAUGCUUAUUUCUUUUUGGCUGAAAGUAAGUUCUUAGCGGUUAGCACCAAAAUGUUUGCUCUUUUUACUGUAAUUUACUUUCAAGCUCAUUGGACACAGAGGAACUGCCUUAGUACAAGGCAGUUACUGCUUUACCAAUUAACCAUGCCUUAAUAGAGCACGUCUUGGCAUUUUCGA